AAAUGGGACAUCACAUUAUACACACAAACAAAAUCUGUUAUCGGAACUGGGAAGAUGUCUUUUUCCGGCUCGCCGGAAACGACCAAUCACCGGUUACUUCUUCUCCAUCGCCUUCCAAGGUUCAAAACCAUGUUCUUUUCCAAGCUCCGAACCCGUUACAGAAUUCUCGACCCGUUGGACGAAUCCGACCCAUCAUUUCUCCACCUCUCCAGCUCGGUUCGGCUCAUGCUCUGUGUGGGUCCCAGUCCGGUAACUUCCGAAACCUUGGAUACUUACCCUUCCUUAGAGUGCAUCGUGGGUACUAGCGCCGGCUUUGACCACUUUGACCUCGCCGAGUGUCGCCGCCGUAACAUCCGCGUCACCACCGCUGGAGAUUCAUUCUCCGAUGACGUCGCUGACUUCGCCGUCGGCCUCUUGAUUGAUGUCCUACGUGGCGUCUCUGCUGCUGACCGGUUUGUUCGUGCCGGUUCUUGGCCUGUCAUAGGAGAGUUGAGUCCUCCCGGUUAUAAGGUUGGUGGAAAACGAGUGGGGAUUGUAGGUUUAGGGAGCAUCGGUACAAGGGUUAGUAAGAGACUAGAGGUCUUUGGCUGCAGCAUUGCCUAUACCUCGAGAAGGAUGAAGCCUAAUGUUCCGUUUCCUUUCCAUUCUAAUAUUCAUGACCUUGCUGUUAACAGUGAUGUUCUGAUUCUUUGUUGUGCUUUAACGGAAGAAACACACCACAUAGUUGACAAGGAGGUGCUGACUGCCCUCGGGAAGGAAGGUAUCGUCGUAAAUGUUGGACGAGGGGCGCUUGUUGAUGAGAAGGAAUUGGUGGAGUUUCUGAAGAGAGGUGAGAUUGGAGGUGCUGGUCUUGAUGUUUAUGAAAAUGAACCCCAUGUACCGGAGGAAUUGUUCGGGUUGGAUAAUGUGGUGCUGUCUCCACAUCUUGCUGUUUUAACUCCUGAGUCUAUGGAAGCACUUGAAGAGCUAUUUACUUACAACUUAGAAGCUUUCUUUUCAAAUAAACCCUUGCGCGCACAAAUUGAAUAUGAAUGAAUGAACUUUCUGUUCAACAUGUAAGCAUACGUUCCUUCAUGAGAAAUUUACUGCUGUGGUAAGCUUCAUUAAGUUCU